AUGGCAUCAACCAGGCGGAAUGUCCUGCUGAUUCUCAUUCUCGGCCUGAUAUUGUUCACCAGUCGAGCCCAUGCCUUUGGUGCUGGAAAUAUUGCUUCGAUCUCGGCCGUCGAGGGCAAGAACUGGCGUCAUGGAGACAUUGAAGAUGUCUUGAAGACUGUGGCAUGUAUUCGUCACCAUAAAUGGACUUCAAUGAUGAUUAAGCGAGUCUACUUCGGGAAUUGGCUUCGUGAUUACUCUCAGGCAAUGGACACCGGCGCCCUCAAGAAGGCCCAGCCAGAGACGAUUCGCAUCCUCGUCUGGUUGCUGUCUUUCCUUGCAUUUGGCUAUGCUACCGCAGAGUUCGAAGUCACCUCCGAAAAGCUCGGUGUUUACCGGCCAGAAGAGCAUAUUGAUAAUCCCAAAGAUUACAACGACAAUGAGGAUGCUCGGAAGUAUGAUCCUCGUCUUCGCGCCCCUGUACGCGAUAUCGAGUUGCAAAUUGAUACGGACAGCGGAAUGAAGAACUAUAUUGCCAACGGAAAAGGAGACUGGGCCACCAGUUCUGCUUUUGUGAAAUACAGCUUCGAGCGCAGCAUCCACCAUGGGCGGCUCUAUUGUCAUGGGCAUGGGAUGUUCAAGGGCAAGGAUGAAGAUCUCGCAGAGGCUCUUCGGUAUCUAGGCCAAGGACUUCAUACACUCGAAGACUUCGGUGCCCACACAAACUAUGUCGAACUUGCUCUCAGAGAAAUGGGCUUUCACAACGUCUUUCCCCACGUUGGCGCAGCUACCGCCAUCAACCUCCGUGGAAAGCAUGUCUUUCCUCUUGUGACCGGCACUUUCGGCAUGGUGGACUUCUAUCACUCAGUGCUUGGUGAGGCUACGGACCACUUCACCCAGAGUGAAGUAAACGAGAUGGACAAUGCUCUUGGGACUGCUCAACAAGCCGCGCAGUCGUCAAGCCCACUAACCACGCUCGUGAAGCUCUUAUCAAAGGUCCCAGGUACCAAGGAUCUGUGUGACGAAGCCGAGAGACUACAAGCAUCGUCUGAAACUCAAGCACGAGUCAAUGCACAAGGUGGUUACCGGGGCUUUGAAGAAUUUGGGAAUUCCACACGCGGGGUAGAUGAUUGGGAGACCAGUCGUGCAUCCCAAGGGGGCUUCCCGUCACAGCCUCAAGGCUUUGGCCCGGACUCCUGGACUAUGCCACCUCAACAAGGCUAUCAGCAGCAGCAAUCACAUCUGGGCCCGCCUCAGCAUCAAUCUCCAUGGCCCGCCUCCGCUCCUUUCGACCAACAAAUCCAGCCUCAAUGGCACGACCAAGGCGCACACCAGGCCUAUGGACAGCAAGGCCAAUAUCCAGGCUCCCAAAACAGCUGGUCACAUCAGCAGCAGCAGCAGCCACCUCCACAGCAGCAUUACCAGCAAGGGAUCCAAGGGAAUGUGCCCGGGCAGCCCUCACAGCAACAGCUGUCCGCACCAAGUGGGCUCGAAGGGAUGCCGAACUUCGACCCUUCCAAGACAGUUGCCCAAAUAUAUCCCAUCCUGGCGUUCAGGGAUAAAGUCGUGCGGACAAUCAGUUCCAUCAUUGAAAAGAUUCCUGGGCUUGAAGCCCUUGUUGACCGUAUCACCGAAACCCUGACUGUGUUUAUUUUGUCUUUGCUGGCACCGUUUGUUCGACCCGUCCUCAAUGCCAUCUCAAAGACCUUGCAGACGGGCAGCGAGGGUGUCAUCAGCGCAUCUGGGAAUCACCAAUACGAAGUCUGGACCAACCCUCACUGUUCAGAUCCAACCCAUUCGAUGCUCAGCAAAGAUCAUUUUAGCAACAUUCUCAAUGGACCUGCUGGGUAUGUGGCAGCUGAAAUUCUCAAAUUCAUUGCCCCUCGAGUGAUGUAUGCUUGGGAGCAUCCUGAUGUCCCUGUUCAGCAGGUGAUGCACGACGUUGAGAGUAUUUUCCAUCAUCCCGCCAUCCGGAACGAGAGCGUUGCAGUGCAUCGAAAUAUGUUUGCCGCUGUUCGGAGGUGGGUCGAUAGCUUGCCGGACAGGGGCCGAAGUCUUGAGACCACUCUAAGCUCUGAGGGAGUCCGCACAGGCAAAAACCACAAGGCAGGCGUCAACGAUCACGCCCAUGUCCAACAUCAACCCCCCAGCGGAGGACAUCAGCCCAGCUCUGGUGGGUUCGGAGGCUUCGCAAGUUUUCUCCCUGGCCAACAGCAGCAUGGAAGCGGUGGCACUCACGGAAGCAGCGCCUUUGGGACGGUGGGAAAUAUGAUAGGCAAUCUUACCGGUCACGGAAGCCAUCAACAAUCACCCCAACAGGCUCAUAGCAGCAGUGGAGGCGGCUUCGGUGAUAUGCUGAAUAUGGCCAGUAAGUUACCGAUCCCGGGGGUUAGCAACGUCACAAGUUCAAUCAACAAGUACACCAAGUACAGCAAGUUCAUGGGUGGCUUUGGAGGUGGGGCACGGGGGCUCGACGAUGAAGAUGUCGGCGUCGGUCGGGGCGGUAGCGAACUGGGAGGCUCGCAAGAGCUGCACGAGGCUGCGGCGCAUGCUGACCACUACGGCGGCGGCGAUAUAAGAUCCCCGAGUCCUAUGCCUAUGGCGCCACCGGCCGGGUAUGAGCAAUACGGAGCGUCAAGCGGGAGUGAUUAUUUCCAGCAGGAACAGAGUCACCAAUCCCAGACAUCCUAUCAAGACCCAUACCAGGGCCAGGGCCAGGGACAGUACGGAGGACGCGAAAGCUCGGGGUAUUAUGGAGGACGCUGA